AGGUUUUUAUCGGACUCUUGAUUGAAAUCAAAUUGAUCGUUUUGGCCGAAACUGCCCUCGAUCGGCGUCAUCGGAGACGAGAUCUCGCCAUUGUCGGAAUUUAUUAUUACCCGGUAUAGCGUAUGUUCGCGCAUGCGCGCGGGACAGAGGAAAGCUCUCCUAUUCGCUGAAGAAUUUGUCCCUCCGCGUUUCUGAUAACGCUAUAUUCCCCGGUAUACUCUCUCCGAUACAGCCGGGCGUGCGUGUGCGUGAAGAGCGCGUCUCGCGGCGCGUUACAAAAGCAAGAGUGCGCGUGUACUCUCGCCCGAGCGUAAACUCGGUUGAAACACUUCAGAAGGCGGCGGGAAGGUAACCAGUCGGCUGCACCGCGACGUGUGGAAGAGACAUCGACGGAGAAAGGAGUGAGAGGGAAGAGGAAGGGAAAGACCCGCGCGAACGAGCGAGCGAAAGGGAGAGAGAGAGAGAAAGACAGAGAGAGUCGCCGUGUCCCGGGUUUACCGUGUUCGCAGUGUUCGCGGGUCGCGAACGAGAGGUCGACGAGGCCGUCAACGCGGAGAUCGCGCGAGGAGGAGGCUCUGCACGGAGGGGCCGCCGCGUCGAAGAUAGUGCGGAGGUAUUAUGCGUCGACUCAGCAUGAAAAACAAGCGCAGAAAGUCCGAGAGCGCGAGCGACAGCGCGUCGGAGGAAAAUGGCGGCGCGCGCGCAUCCACUGACAACGCUGGCAACGGCGAGACGCAGGCCGGCAGGAACAACAACUUGCCCGCCACGCGUAAAAGCGCCUCCAAGAGACGCUCGCUGCGCGGCGCCCCGGUGCAAAAGUCGCCGGCGCACGCGGAUGACAGCGUCGAGACGGACGAUUCCGCGUUGGAGGAGAAGGAGCGGGAAAACGGCGAGAAGUCCACCCCUCAAAGGUCCUCGCAGUCACCCAACAAACGCAGACGGAAAGAGGAUCAGAAGGCGUCCACGUCGGCCCGCGAGGAUGACAAGUCCGGCGCCGAGGACGAGUACGAGGUGGAGAAACUCAUCAAUAUUCGUAUCGGUAAAGGCUCUCGACAAUUUUUGGUACGAUGGAAGGGUUAUGGGGAAUCCGCCGACACUUGGGAAAACGAAAAGGACUUGAAUUGUCCCGAAUUGAUAGAAAAGUUUUUAGCUAAGGAGCAGGACACAAAAUUGUCGAAAACUGGAUCGACAAAAACAGACAAAUCGAAAAAAUCUAAAAGUUCUUCUAAAAAACAAACCGAAAAUGACGAACGAGAAAACGAUAAAGAAGAUAAAGAAACUUUGAAGGAAUUUGAGGUAGAAAAAAUAAUCGAGGUACGUUUUAAAAAGAAUGGCACAAAAGAAUUUUUAAUCAGAUGGAAAGGAUUCAGUCCGGCUGAUGAUACAUGGGAACCGGAGAAGAAUUUGAAUUGUUCGGAACUCAUUGCCAAGUUUAUGCAGAAAGUGGAAAAAGCCAAGACUCAGGAUAUGCGCGAACUCAGGGCAAAUCGGGUGCAUACCAAACGGUAUACGUUAUCGACAUGCGAUCAUGGCAGGAGAUUGUCAAAACGUAAUAAAGAUAAGCAAAGGACAACUUAUCACGAGUGCGAUGAGUAAAAAACGUCGCGGUCCCAGUAUCUGUAUUUUAUUCAAAGAAUUUACUUUAUAUAUAUAUAUAUAUAUAUAUAUAGUCCGUAGUUUUACAAGAGAGAAAAUUAAGAGCGUUUUGAGAGAAUGGAACCAAAAGAAAUAUAUCAAAACAUGAAUAAUUUGCUAUAUAUGAUACUAGAGAUUCACAGUGUCACAUGAUGUAAACAUCCUCUCUUUACAGAGGUGAAGAAUCGUAUGAGUAAGACAGAUGCAUGUGGAUUAUCUGUAUACGCGAUUAUGUACUGAUGCUGCUAUGUACACUUUUUUCAGAAAUGCUUAUUAUGUAUGAAUUGCACAUAGAACUGAGAAACGAAAGCAACAAUCUCUCAUUUUAAUAUUGUAAUAUUUUUGCAAAAUAAGCAGACAAAUUUUCCUAUAUAUAGAAACAAUAAUGCGUUUAAAUAAUGUUAUUAUGUAUCACAUUUCUCAACGAUUGCAUUAUAAUUUUGAGAAAUCUUCAAUUAUUGUUUCAAAAAAUUAAUUUUUGUAAUAAGUGUGUAUUACAAUAAGAUAUUACAAAAGAAGCAUGUAAGAAAAAAAGGCAAUAUUAUAUUGUGAAUAAUUUUAACUACAUAAAAUACAAUUGGCAACUUUAUUGAAUUUGUCAUAUAUGCGGAGACAUGUUUGCGAAUCUGAGGUAAAAGUGAAUUGUGCUCGAUUGGGCGUUUAAGUCUUUUCCUCUUAUAAUUGAAUAUGUUUCAAAUUUUAACAAAAUGUAAUUGUAAACGUUUCAACACGAUAUAUUUUUCAAAGAUAUUUGAAACUAUUGAGAAAGGGGGAAUAAUAGCUAUAAGAAAAUUAAAGAAAAUGCUAGUGUUUAAGAA